UCGCGGCCUCGUCCCCACGUGCGUUGUGGCAGCGCCGUUUCCAGCAUGGCCGGAGAUAGCAGCGGCAGCCGCCCCGGCCAGGUGGAGGCUCCGAUUUCGCACCCGGGCAGGCUCCUGGGGCAGAAUCGGAAAUUCUUGGACUUCUUCUGGGACAUCGCGAAGCCCCAGCAGGAGAUCCGCCUGGCGGCCACCGAGGGCUUGAUCCGCUACUUGCAGGAGAACCAGAAGGAUGAUGAUGUGUUGAAAUACACAUUGAAACGCCUGACUGAUGGAUUGGCAGCCACUCGAGAGGCAUCCCGGCCAGGUUUCAGUCUGGCACUGGCUCAGGUGUUGCAAGUGUUCGAAGAGAUCCCAUUGCUCAAAGUCCUGGAACAGAUCAAAGAAAAACACGAUCUUGGCAGAAUAAAGAAAAAACUCUUCAGAAAUGCUGUGUUUGGCAACUUCUUCGGUGUCCUGGCUCUGUUCCAAUCAGGACGGCUGGCGAAGGACUUAAAGGCUCUCCUGGGGUGCGUGCAACUGCUUCAGAGCCUUUCUGAGCAUCACGCGCACCUGAAAGAUCUCCCCAGGAGGACGUUGGCUGACAUUGUCUCUGAGAUUCCAGAAGGUGUGUUUGAAGUCCUCUUCAGUGCCCUGGAGGAUGACCUCACAUCCGCUUUCAGCACUCCAGGGCAGCUAUACCUCUUGCUUGUGGGCAUCCAGAAGUUCCCAGGAGUUCUCUACCCAGAAAAGCUGAAGGAACUGCUGGGAACAGACACCGUCAUCACAGCAGAAAACAUUCCCAAGCUGGUGGAGGUUUUGAAAAUGGCUGUGAAGUCCGAAAAGAAGGACCGAACGCUGCCGAGUGUUGGGCUGGACUUGAUGAAAGUUGCCUUGAGGGAAGGUUCCUUCGAGCUGUUCUGGAAAGAAGUCGUUGAGAACGGGCUGCUCAAAGAUAACAACGGAGCGUGCAGUUACAUGUGCUAUCGGCUGCUGGGCAGUGCUCUUCCACUCCUGUCUCUUGGCCAGCUGAAGAUGAUUCUUCGAGGGGAGGUCAUGCGACAGUAUGGGACUCACGUGGUGUGCACUCAGCUACCUGACAGGUUCAAGUUUGCCCCUGAGAUGGAAGCCUACGUCAGUGCAUUCCUGGAGGGUUGUCCCGAUGCUGAGAAGCAGCUGGCGGUGAUGGUCGGCUUCUCCACCCUCACCAACCAAGGGCAUCCCGUCGUGCCGACCUUCUGGAAAGUGGUGAGGCACCUGCUUCCCACGGCCUUGCUGAAAUACAUCAGUUGGCUUAAGGACAUGUUCCUGGACCCGGAUCUAGACUCCUGCUUGGAUUUUGCCACCAAGCGGCAGAAGCAGAACGAGAAGCAAAGCCAUGCAGAGAAGAGUGAGCACAGCAUCACGCGACUGAGGAAAUGGAUCAUUGCCCGGCUGGCUGGGAUAGUUGAAAACCCGCAAAUAAAGAAAGAAGAAGAGUUUGUGAUGGAUGUUGCCAGGUUUUGCUUCUUCCAUGCUUUUUUUGAGGCUAAGAAGCCAACCUCUGAAAUCCCUGAGGCUGAAGCUGUUCCAUCGGUGCUUCUGAAGGAACCAUCUCGCUCGGCAGCUGCAAAUUCAUUUUUCAGCCUGCUUCAGCACCUGAGCUCAAUGCCUGCCCUGGGGGAUUCCGCAAGAGCCGAAGAGAUGAGGAAGAAGCGUCUCCACGGCUUGAUGGCGAGCGGGGAUCCCUGGAUCUACGGCAUGGUCCAGUAUGCCAACCUCCUCCUUUCUCAGCCCAAACACGUCAAGGUUGUGACACCGUUCGGUAACGAGGCCAAGGCAGCUUGGGACCGGAUGCUGCAGACAGUGGAAGACUUGAGGAAGAAAGAGAAGAAAAACCCUGCCCUGAAGACUUCUGCCUUCCAGCAUCUUCUGCUGUUGGUGGGCAUUCACCUUUUCAAGUUGCCAGCAGAGUGCAUGGAUCUUCUGCAUGACCUUCAGAAUUGCACCAAGAGGGCCUUUGGGGAGAAGCCAAAGAAGAAGAAAGCUGCUGCUGAUGGUGAAGAAGAGCCGGAAUGGGUGGAGGUGACGGUGGAGGUCCUCCUCUCCCUUUUAACCCAGUCCAGCGGGCUGAUCCGGAAGGUCUGCAAAAGCGUGUUUGGACUCAUCGCUCAGCACAUGACUAAGGGGGCCUUGCAGCUCAUCCUGGAUGUUUUUGACCCACAACAAGAUCAGGAUGAAGAAAGUGCUGUUGUGGUGGUGGAAGAAACGCACAAAAAGAAAAUUGCACAGAAGGAUGCGGGAGGAGAUGGCACCUCUGAAGAGAGUUCCGAGUCUUCUUGUGCAGACGACUCUGAAGAUGAUGAUGAUGACAGCAACGACGAAGCAGAGAACGGGAAGACGGACAGCGAAGACGAGAAAGAAGAAGAGAUGGAUGAGAACUUUCGCCAUCAGCUGAUGAACAUUCUGCAGUCUGGGAAUGCACUGGGAGGCGAUGACAGUGACGAGGACGUCGAUGAUGAGACCAUGAUGUCCCUGGACGAGAACCUGUCCGCCCUGUUCGCUGAGCAGAAGAAGCGCAUCCAAGCCAAGAAGGACGAGCGGGAGAAGAUGCGGAAGGAGAAGAUUUUACGCAGGGACUUCAAGAUUAAGGUUCUGGAUCUAGUGGAGGUGUUCCUUACAAAGCAGGCAGAGAACCCCCUCGUCUUCGGCAUCAUUGACCCUCUGCUGUUGGUGAUUGAGCAGAGCAUGAGCUCUGAGGCCAGCAAACAAGAGCAAGAUUAUCUCCGCAAGACGGCUGACAUCUUCACGAAUCAUUUGUGCAGAUCCAAGCAGUACUGCAAAAAUGUGGCCCCCCUCCGGGAGGAACUGCACGCCCAUCUGGAAAGCCUGGUGAAGCGAGCUUGCAGACAGAGUGACUCCGCGGUGGCCCUUUACUGCUUCAGUGCAUCUCUGUAUAUCUUCCGAGUGUUGAAGGGAAAUCUAGCCAGUGAAGUGGACCCACAAAGUGUGGAGCUGGAGAAGAAGCCUAAAUACCAACAGAAGAGCACACAAGCACCUCUGGCCUCCACUGUCGGAAGCCUGGAUCUGGAGCGAGUGACCACCGUGUACAGGGAUGCUUUGAACUUCUUCCUGACAAAGCGCAACAGCCCACUCACCGGAUCCAUGUUUCUCGAUCUCUUUGAACGUCACCCGAUCAUGUGCAAACAACUCAUUGACACUGUUGCGAAGUCUAUCACUGCAGGGGCCAGGCAACACCAGCAGGGUCAGGCUUGCAUGCUUCUACAGAAAGCCCUACAGACCCGGCAGUUCAGACUUUCCAUUACAGACGAGGAAUGGGAGGAGCUGAUUAGAGAGAGCACCAAUCAAGUCACAGAGACUCUGAAGAUGGUGAGCGAGUUCAAAGUCAAAGUAGACCAGGAGAAGGUCCUCAAGUGUCUGGAGCUCCUGAACUUUCUCUUGAGAACUGUGACUCAGCAGAAGCUGAACGUGGACCUGACAGACUUGCGGGAGGUGCUGCAAGCGCUGAGUCAGCACGAGGGAUUUGGGAAAUCCACACGACUCUGGAACGUCUACUGGAACGUCAUGACGCUCCUGGGCUUCACGCGGCCGGCAAAGGAGAAGGCGUCAGCCCAGCCAAAGAACCCAACUGAGGCCGAACCUGUGAAGCGGAAGAAAAAGGGUUUCCUGCCAGCUUCCAAGAAGCGCAGCAAUCGGAAAAAGGUUCCUGAGCAGCCUCAGGAGAACAGUGCUGAAAAGAGCGCGGAGGCCGUUGCGGAUGGCACGGAGGCUGUUCCAGCCAAGAAGAGGAGGAAGAGAAAGAACAAAAGAAAGAAAGGAGGAGGAGGAGGAGACAACCAGAACAAAGCCCCCAAGCAGCAGGGCUCUGUGGCCAAGAAGCCAAAGUUACCACCAGGCAGUGCCAAAGAGACUGACUCGAAGCUUGGCAAUUUGAAGAAGAAAAAGAAGAAAGCGAGAAAAGGCAGAAAGCCAGUUCAUGUAGUUGGGAACUGAUUCAUAACUGUGGGGUGGGAGAGUCUUUUAUAAAUGUAUAGAGAGUUAACAUUUUGCACCCUUGUGUUAUUUUAAUAAACUAUCUGCGUUGCUAAUAACGCACAGCCAGGUUGUCUGAGUUUUGGCUC